UUCACAUGUCUGUUUCCCCUCUGCUCAACAUUUACUGUAAGCUCAGAGAGAGGGUUAGAGUGAGCGUGAUAAGGUGAUAGGACGAGUGUGAGUGAGAGAAAUCGCAAAGGUAAAGAGAGAUUUAUCUGAAAGUGAGAGACGAACUGACUGUGACUGACUCAACAUUAUCUCAACAAACGCAUCACUUGAAAAGCCAUAGGAUACUGAAAAGACAGAGAUGAGGGCUGUGGCAGUCACCCUCUGGGCCGUGGCUGCGUUAAUGGGAGUCCAUCAGAGCACACACUCCUCCUCAGAAAUCCAUACCAUUAUUGUCAACCUCUCCUCCAAAAACAUAUCCGCUGUUCCCAGAAACCUGCCUCCAUGCACCGAAGCCCUGGACCUCUCCCAGAACAACAUACACAAACUUGGCCAUGAGGAUUUCCAAGUCACAACUCACCUGAGAUUCCUCAACUUGUCUUGGAAUGUCUUGGAGGAUAUCGAUCCGGAGACGUUUCAUCCCACUCCGCUCCUGGAGAGUCUGGACCUCUCACACAACCAGCUCCAGAACUUAUCUGAUCAACGGUACUUGCUGUUAGCGCUGAACCUCAGAGACCUAGAUCUGACCUUUAACAUGUUCCACACCAUGACCCUGGGGGUGGAGUUCCACAGCCUGACGAAGCUGGAGAGACUGGGGCUCGGAGCAAAAAUCAUCAGGGUGGAGGAUUUCAUCAACAUCACUGACGUACACCUGCAAACUUUGACCCUUCGUCUGGAGUAUCUCACAGCCUAUGAGAGUGGCAGUCUGAGUGACGUCCAGGCGGAGAAGGUCAGCAUCGGCCUGACGAACAAACCCACCGAUCGAAAUCUGAUCGCAGACGCCCUGUUGAUGUUCAACGAGGUUGAGCUGAUGGGUAUGAACAUCAAUGGCUUGGUAGCCAGUUACCUGGUGGAACUUGUGAAGGAGAGAAGGGCAGUCAACACCACACAUCUUUACCUGACAAAUAUGGCCAUCACCUGGAAGCACCUGACAAACACCAUAAACGCUGUGUUCGAAUCCCCCAUCAUCCACCUGAGCACUUCAGACGUGGCCAUCCACACUCCACCUGUGAGUGACACCCCAGGAAGAAACACGUCCCACACUAAAUCCUUCUCUGCCAGGCGAGCGGGGGUGGUUAGCUUUUUCUUCUCCCUGGAAGUCCUCUGUAACUUCUUCAUCAACAUGCCGGUGGAGCGUCUGGCGAUGACUGAGACAUCCAUCAUACACAUGACCUGCCCCAAGUUGCCCAGUGGGAUACUGCAGCUAGACUUCUCAGAUUGUGCCUUGGCUGAUACGGUCUUCUCCAGAGUAGAACAGCAAAUCACUGUAGAGUGUACAACCCUGAAUAAAGUAAACAUCCUGGUUCUGAGAGGGAACAACCUCAGGUCCCUUCAAACCCUGAGCAAGAGGGUCCAGAACAUGAUCUCUCUGCGUCACCUGGACCUCAGCCUCAACUCGUUGGUUUACAGCGGCCAGGAAUGCCACUGGCCACCGAACAUUGUCCACCUGAACCUAUCUUCCAAUGGGCUGAGUGAGUCGGUAUUUAGCUGCCUGCCGAAUGGCACCGUCAGCCUGGACCUCCAGAACAACCAGAUCUCCACUGUACCAGAGACCCUGCUGGCCCUGGACUCCCUCCUGGCCCUGGACCUGAGUGCCAACCGGCUGAGGGACCUCCCGGUGUGUGCUGGAUUCCCACACCUUAAGUAUCUCCUUCUCAGGGAAAACUCCCUCCAUGCCCCAUCUGUGAGAGUUCUGGAGACUUGCCCUGUUCUACAGGUUCUAGAUGCCAGCCGAAACCCCUUCACCUGUACGUGUGGCCUGAGGGGCUUCAGCGAUCUGGGUGCUGGGACUGGCCUGGGCAGCAGACACCCUGCAAUCCAACUUCUCCACUGGCCAGGAGCCUAUCGCUGCAGCUAUCCCGAAGCCUGGAAGAACUCCACACUGGAGGGCUUCCAGAUCCCUGAGAUCUCCUGCAAUGUCGGCCUGCUGGCAACGGCCAUCUUGUGCCCGGCAGUGGCUGUUAUCAUUGUUAUGGUGACUCUGUGCCACCACCUGGACAUUCCAUGGUACCUGGGCAUGAUCCGGCAGUGGACCCGGGCAAAGUACCGUGCCAGGACCCAGCAGGUCCGGCCCGAGGAACUGGAGGGGGUGGUGUUCCACGCCUUUGUGUCCUACAGCCAGCAUGAUGCAGAUUGGGUCAAGGGCCAGCUCUUGCCUAAUCUGGAAGGCUCCGGCGGGGGCCUCCACAUCUGCCGCCAUGAGAGGGACUUCGUCCCGGGGAAGACGAUCGUGGAGAACAUCAUCCAAUGCGUGGAGAGGAGCCGGCGCUGUGUGUUCGUCCUCUCUCGCCACUUCGUCCGGAGCGAGUGGUGCCACUAUGAGCUGUACUUUGCCAGCCACCAGCGGUUGACCCGAGGGUCUGACAGUGUGAUCCUGGUGCUCCUGGAGCCUCUGCCUCAGUACAUGAUCCCCUCCAAGUACUAUCAGCUAAAGGCCAUGAUGGGCAGACACACCUAUCUGGAGUGGCCCCAGGACAGGGGCAAGCACAGGCUGUUCUGGGCCAAUCUCAGGGCUGCACUGCAGGCUGACCUGCCCACUGCACCUGUACGAGACGACGUGGAUGAGUGAGAGGGAGAGAGAAAAUAAGACAAAUUGGGGUAGAAAAAUAUUGAUAUAUUUCUUUAAUGUUAUCUAGAAAUAUCAAAAAUACUCUCACAUUUGUCAACUUUCCAACAAUCUCACAAUUAUUUAGAACGUAUUUUAAUCUAUACACUUCAUAAAAUGCUGCCAAUUGGAUCAUCUCUAAAUAAUCUGAGUGUCAAAGCCAAUGACAAAUUUUCAAACGUCGCUUUACACACGUGUGUUCUGGCUCUGGCCCAACCCAUUGGUUUUUGGGACCAAUCCAUUCCAGAAAUUGUUGUGGAGGUACUCAAACCAGUCUCAUUGUGGAGAAGAAAAGUAUGUCUGUGGGCGUGCCAUAGUGUUUGGCCGGAGCAAAGAGUUUGGGUAGCCAGGCAACACAAAAUGAUCCAAAAAUGAAAAAUAAUCUAAAAGUAUCAAGAAAACCAAUGACAGAGAGCAAAUACCACAGACACAAUAGACCAAUCCCUGUUAAGUAUCCCCAAAAACAGAAUCCUUCCCAAGUACAGAACCUUCUCAUGUUAGCAAGAACAUCCUUUGAAAGUCAUUAUCUAAUUUUAAGGCAAGUAGUACAACAAGGGGGAAAAGUACAGAAGAUUUUACGCUCAUGAGUAACAUUAGCACCACAGAUAAACCCUAGAAAGAGGGAAACAAGUAAUUUAUCUCUUUCUAAUUAUUGUUAUUUGGUCAUAGAGGGGGUCAGGAGUCCAAUUGUCAGGUCUGAUGGAAGACGACGAUGCUCUUCUGGGCACACAAGCGGCACAGCGAACAGCGUUUCACUGUGGACAUUAGACCCAUGAGCCAAAUGUUAGAUGUCCAAGUGUCAAAGUUGAAGGGGUCAGAAGUCAGGGCAGGGACUGGAUGAUGAUGAUCUUCUCAUUGAUACAGAAACGGUGGAGGACAGUGUGCAGGUUCUCCGUGCAGAGUGACACCUGUCUCUCCACGGCCAGACGGAAGUCCUCCUUCACCCCCUUAGUGAUGCCACACGUCACUGUACGGUGCCUACAUGGCAGAGGAACACAGACAAUGGGUGUGUAUGAGAAAGAAACGCUUUCUAACGUUUUCUUAGUAUCAUGGACUCCAUCAAGUACCAGCAGAUAUUAAAUCAGAACUUGACUGCCUCUGCUAGGAAGCUUAAAAUGGGGCGUGGUUGGAUCUUCCAGCAGGACAAUGAUCCAAAGCACACCUCAAUAUCAACAAAAAAAUGGUUCUCUGACCACAGAAUCAAGAUUUUGCCAUGGCCAUCCCAGUCCUCUGACCUACCCCCCCCCCCAUAGGAAAGCUAUGGGAUGAGCUGAAGAAGAGAGUCCACAAGAGUGGACAUCAGAAUCUGGAGAGAUUAUGUAUGGAGGAAUGGUCUCCGAUUCCUUGCCAUGUGUUCUCUAACCUCAUUACGCAUUAUAGGAGAAUACUCAGAGCUGUUAUCUUUGGAAAGGGAGGUUGCACAAAGUAUUGAAUGAAGGCGUUCCAAUAAUUGUGACACACAUAUAUUUGAGAAAAGAAUAUUUGUUUUAUGAUAAACAAUACAUUUUUUCUUUCAAUUAUUUGACUUUAAUUAAAAGGUUAGAUUUUUGUGAAUAUUUUGAAUGAAAGACCAAGAGGAUAAACAAUAAAUCAUUUUUGCUCAUAUUUACUAAGGGUGUAAAUGGUACCUGCGGGACAGGUACAAAAUGGCAACAACAUCUGCCCGAGUUACACCAGGAACGCACAAUCCCUCCAUCAGUGCUCAGACUAUCCUCAAUAGGCUGAGAGAGGCUGGACUGAGGACUUGUAGGCCUGUUGUAAGGUAGGUCCUCACCAGACAUCACCGGCAAACAACGUUGCCUAUGAGCACAAACGCACCGUCGCUGGACCAGACAGGACUGGCAAAAAGUGCUCUUCACUGACGAGUCGCGGUUUUGUCUCACCAGGGGUGAUGGUCGGAUUCGUGUUUAUCGUCGAAGGAAUGAGCAUUACACCGAGGCCUGUACUUUGGAGCGGGAUCAAUUUGGAGGUGGAGGGUCCGUUAUGGCCUGUGGCGGUGUGUCCUAGCAUCAUCGGACUGAGCUUUUUUGUCAUUGCAGGCAAUCUCAACGCUGUGCGUUACAGAGAGGACAUCCUCCUCCCUCAUGUGGUACCCUUC